AUGACUACCGAGGCCGAGGAAUACGCCGUAGAGCAAGAGAUGGCCUCUUUCUUCAGAAAGACCUCCGCAAUACGCUCAUCCUGCGAUGCCCGAGCACAGGAGCUUGUAGGAGGGACCGCAACCCCAGUCAUAGUGCAAGGCGUGUGCGGCUACACCGUCUACGCAGGACCAAACCAAGAGUUUGUUGUUCAAUUUCGACUGCAGUCUCUUAGACUCAAAACUGAAAUUACAACGCUUGCCAGCAAGAUCUAUGGAUCCUUGGUGUCAUCUGUCUCUCAUCACGGCCAGAUAGGAGAAGAUGAUUUGCAAGGAAGAGAACCUGUCGCAGUCUAUGUGAUGAGUCGGGUGCAAGGAGUCAGCUAUCUUGAUUUCAUUCUUGCCCAUAAUCUUCCGGAGAAAUCGGUCGAGUACUAUUCCUGGAGAGAGAAUUUGAUCUCCGACUUUUGCAGGAGAAUAAAUUAUUUCCUACGCUCUUAUGCCGAAUUCCUUGGUUAUAGAUUCUUUGCUGUUGCGUGGAAGAAUCCACAGAAUAUAUAUCAAUCCGUCCGCGAAACCCUCUAUCAAAGAUAUGGAAAAGACCUGCGAUGA